CAUAAAUGUGUUUAACCAUAUACAAAAAUUGCAAGGUAACUUCCAGUUCUUUCAUAAUUAAACUAAUUUUUCUGUUAAGAGACUGUUGUAUUAAUUUGUAUAUUACUAUAAAAUUUUAGUUUCAGAAUUAUUCACAAAAUGGUUUUCGAACAAGACAAUAGCAACUACGCAAUUCUCGGUGCUACUCACAUUAAACCAAAAAAUUACCAAGAAGUUUACCAUCCUGUGCAACAAAAUUUAAAAAAUUAUAAAGAAAAAGAAAAUAGGACAUUAUUGAUGGGUCUCAUGCGUACCCAAGGAAUGCAUAUGCCAUUACGUUUAGCAAUGGAAAAAAAAGUUUUUGAAAGCGUUGGUCGUCUUCCAAUUUUAAAGUCAUCACAUUUGCAUAAAGAAGUAUUGAAUGAUACAUUAGAUACAAUUACUGAACUUGAUUAUCUUAACCCAUCAGAAUUUAAUGAAACCUUACUUCCAUCAUUUGUAGUUAUGGAUAAAGAUUUAAAGUUUUAAUUGUAUAAUUUUUUUUAAUUAAUUAAAUAUAAUGUAUUGUCAUUUAAAUUUAAUGAUUUGUAUAAAUAAUAUCUAAAUAUUAUUUAUACAAAAAAAAUAUUUUUAACUUUAAUGGGUUUGUAACAGUUAUUUUCUUAUUUAAUAUAUUAUAUGAAGAAACAUUGAGUUCUCCGUGAAUUAUCUUUGUUCUGGAAACAACAAUUAUAUUGCAGUGAAAACAAAAGUGAACUUGUAUGUUCAAGGUAGUUUCUUAAAACCACUGAUUUUGUUUUGUUUAUUAUUACCACUGUUUUGAUUGGGUAAGACAAGGAGAUGGAUGAGCACUUUCUUGUAUAUAAUUGUUUUUACCUAUUAAGCUAUCCUAUAACAACUUUUUUAAGUUUUAAUGAAAUCCUUUAAUAAAAUGUACACAAAGUACUAUAAAAUAAUAAUUGGUUGUCACCUUAAAAAAAUUUUAUAUUUUGUCAAUUACAUAGUUUUUUUAAUUUA